GCUGCUGCCCUACUGCUGCAGUGCUGGGUGGCUGGGUUAGCUCCCGCUCCUGCUGCUGCGCCAACGCGGCCGUCCUCAUCCACCCUCCCUUCUGAGUUCUGUCUCUCUCUCUCCCUCGUCGCCAUUGGUUAGUUUAUGCGUCUGCUCGAUCCCAUAAAUAGUAGCCACUUUGCUCACUGGUCCUUUGCGCAAAGAGGAAGUAAAUUAAAGAUACCGGCGGCUUGGCUGCUCCCGUCUGGCGUCGCAGAUCUACACCUGUAAGCUAUUGCCGUGGCUGUGGCUUCCCGCCCGGCAGCUAGGGUUUUCGCGAGCUGCUUGGUUCCUUUUCUUCCAGUCGAUCAAAGCAUGCGCGCUUCAUCUCUUCGAUCUUGUGCUCCUUGUCGUGGUGGUGGUUGUUGAUUGCUGCAGCGGCGGGUGGAGGGCCGGGAAGGGAUGGCGGGGAAGAGGGAGCGGAUAGCGAUACGGAGGAUCGACAACCUGCCGGCGAGGCAGGUGACGUUCUCGAAGCGGCGGCGCGGGCUGUUCAAGAAGGCCGAGGAGCUCUCCAUCCUCUGCGAUGCCGAAGUCGGCCUCGUCGUCUUCUCCGCCACCGGCAAGCUCUUCAACUUCGCCAGCUCCAGCAUGAAGCAAAUCAUUGAUCGGUACGACUCCCAUUCCAAGACGCUUCAGAGAUCAGAAGAGCCUUCUCAGCUGGCGGAGGACAGCACUUGUUCAAGACUAAGGGAGGAGCUUGCUGAAGCAAGCCUUAAGCUCAGGCAAAUGAGAGGAGAGGAGCUCCAGAGGUUGAGCGUCCAACAGCUGCAAGAGCUAGAGAAGAGCCUCGAAUCCGGACUGGGCUCUGUACUCAAAACCAAGAGCCAAAAAGUCCUCGAUGAGAUCAACGGGCUGGAAAGAAAGAGGAUUCAAUUGAUAGAGGAGAAUUCAAGGCUAAAGGAGCAACUGCAGGUGUCCCGGAUGGCAAGGAUGGAGAUGCAUCUCGGUGCCGAUUCAGAAGUUGUGUAUGAGGAAGGGCAGUCCUCUGAAUCUGUAACCAACGCAUCCUAUCUGCGCCCGCCAGUCGACAACGAUGACAGCUCUGAUACAUCGCUCAGGCUUGGGUUACCACUCUUUAACUCGAAGUGAUGGAAAUCGAAUUUCCUGGAGCAGAGCGAGCUGAUUACUCUCCCUCUGAUGCAUUGAGAAGUGGAGAGUAGAAUUUGUGGAUCGGGAAACGAUCAAUGUGUCGCAUCAAAAUAAGGCAUUAUAUAUGGAGUGCUAGAUGAUGUGUUUUCUGAAAGUGACUUGCUUUUGUUAUACAGCAUGACAAUAAAGACAGGGUUCCCUCUUGAAUGUUACCUGCAAUCCAUGUUCUGUACUCUGUAACUGAGCCUUCGUAAUCCAUGGUGAUAUGUCAUGAGUCA